AUGAACGACUUCGAAGCCCACGAAGGCUCUUACGACCAUCAACACCGCAAACGACUCAAAGACCUCCGCACCCUAACCCGCGACCCGACCGCCACCGCCAAAGCCCGCGCCGCCGAAGCCCGCGCCGCCGAGGAAUCCGGGCUGAAAUCCCUCAGUCUCCCUUCCGCUUCCACCAACUCCACCAUCCCUUCUUCUUCCGCGUCCGGCGCGGUCAAGAAGAAACCCGUCUUCAAAUCCACGCUGCAGCCGCACAACGCCGCCGCCUUGGGAAGCGAAGCGAAGCCAGUGGGUCUGAUGGUCGCGAGAGAUGAUCCGGCGGGUGCGGUACGGAAUGGGUGGGCGGAGGAGCGGUAUCGGCCGCGGUUUGUGAUGGGGUGUGGGGAUGGGGGGUGUGGGGUCUGUGAUGGGGGGAGGAUGGUGGAUCUGGGGGACGUGUAG